AUGGAGAUGUCUGAAGAUGUGUUUUUGUGCUUUCUGAUCCGAGCCGUUCCCUCCGGCGAAGCCGGAGGCGUAAUUUGGCUGCCGCACCAAGCUCAGCCAGGUGCCCUGCGCCGCAGAAUCGCCAAAGGCAACUGUCCCAAAGCGGCCUUCGCCUCAGUCUUAAGAGGUCCUAGCACACGGAGGAAAAAGGCAAAGGGCAAGGAAGGUGCUUUGCGACAUUUAAGCAAUGCUCUUACAGCAGGUGCCACAAUUUUUGGAAUAGCUCUGUUUAUUAUUGCGUUAGCAGGAUUUUAUCUAUACCUUAAAAGAAGGCAAGUUUUAAAAUUUUUCAAUACUGUUCUGAAAGAUGGAAAAUCCUCUCGCAAGUCCAAAUCUACUGAUGCCGAAGAUUAUGCUCCUGUUUCUGUUUCACAGAAUUUUCAUUUUGUACAACCAAAGAAAUCAAGAAAGAAGCAGACAGCAUUCACUACAGAUGUAGAUGCCAAAGGUCAUGUUGCUGUGAAAAAUAUAUAUGAUAGCUCUGAUACAGAAGGAGGUUCAAAAAGAUCGCACAGAAGUUUGACUGUAAGAUCCAGAGCAUAUGUGUUUCCAUCUCGGUCCAGUGGAAGUGUACAAUCUUUCUAUGAUGAUGUUUGUGAUAUUUGCUCAGCGCAAUUUUCUUUAUCAGAUGAAUUUAUUAUAGAAAAACCAUGUUCAAAUCUGUCCAGCACUACUCCCAAAGCAAAAGAAACUGUUUCUGUUGCAUGUCAAACCAACCAUUAUUCGAAAGAUGAUCAAAACUAUUAUAUUAAUACCGAUAUGUCACCGCAGCUCAAGAAACCAACUAUUUCAAGAUCAAAAUCUGAAAAUGACAUCGUAAAGGCUUCCUCCAGUAAUACAUCACGUCCAGUACAAUCAUUGACUCGUGUUUCUGAAGUACAAAAUCCAUGAUCCGUAUAUUUAUAUCACAUUGAAAAGUUCGAAUUAACCUUAAAAUGCUGAUGAUUCUAUUUUUUUCAUUAAUCAACAAAGUUUUUAACUGAAUACAGUUGCAUUAAGAAUAGCACACACAGUUCUUGUUCCAGCUUUAUAGGAAGUUCUCCAUUCUUGAUGCUCCAUUUUAAGAUCAUGGCAUUUCUGGUUAGGGUUAAAUAUUUUGAAACUGGGAUAUUUUGACUACAAAAUGUUUUGUAGACUCACAACUGUGUGUGUGUGUACACAGAUGCAACAACAUAGCAUCCAUAAAACUUGUAGAAUGUAUUAUAGAUGGCCUAAGAGAAUUAUACUAUUAGAAGACAUUCAGAAUUUAUUACAUCAAGAUAAGACUUGCCCUCUCUGUGGGUUGUUCAAGUGAUUUCAAACUCCUCAAACCAUUCAUGCAUUCAAUGCAGGUUCCUGUAAGGAUUUUACACAUUCAGUUUCAUUUAUGCUCACUCAUGCAAGCAAGGAUGCUGAGGCUUUGGGGGGGGGGGGUGUUAUUGUGAUAAAACUGACUAAUUCCCAAUCAGAACUAGAAACUACCCAAACUGUUCAAACCCAUCUGGGUGAAUUCAUGAGAUGUGAAUCAAUGGCAUUCAAGUCCAUUUACUGAGAUUUUGUUUCUGUGGGUCAUUGACUCUUGUGGUAGCAUCAAGAGUGAAACCUGACAUCAGUAAAUAAUCAGUAAACAAUGUUUUAUUAAUAGUGUAUUGUGGCCUAAGAGAACAUAGCUUUCGAUCAUUGGACUGUUAUAAGGAAAAACACAAUGAAAAACAGCUGUGAUAUUCAUGGGAUUUAGACAGUUUUUACAUAUUUUUUAAUCAAAAACAAAUAUUUCAUUUGUGAUACAGUGUCAUGUAAAGUUUGGUCGUAUUGACCUAGUUGCAUAAUUCACUAGCAUAUAGUGAAGUUAUGAAAUAAAGUAGAAAAUUUUUCUUCCUUUAUACGGGAAGUUGAAGUUCCAACUUGCUGGGAAAUUCAAGUUUUUGUAUAACUUGACGAUGGAUGUAAAUCAUAACAGCCAUUUCCACUAUGGAUAAGCAAGCCUUAUA